AUGACUCAACAUUUCAGAGCAGAAGUGCUAAAGAGAGUCAGAGGAACUUACAGCAAUCAGCGUUUGCAGGGUCUGAUGUCGUACUUCACUGUGAACUGUAAUGUCAUCUGUGGAUCUGAGUAUACUGCUGAAACCAAGCGUGCCAUGUCUCAGUUGAAUGAGAAGGAAACUCCGUUCGAGCUGAUCGAGGCUUUGCUGAAGUACAUUGAAACGCUGGAAGUACCAGGGGCUGUGCUAGUCUACCUGCCAGGCUGGAACCUCAUCUAUUCCAUGCAGAAACACCUGGAGAUGAACCCACACUUUGGUGGUCAUCAAUACCGAAUCCUGCCCCUUCACUCUCAGAUCCCCAGGGAAAAACAGAGACGAGUGUUUGAGCCCACUCCUGAGGGUGUGACUAAGGUAAUUUUGUCCACCAACAUCGCUGAGACCAGCAUUACUAUCAACGAUGUGGUCUUUGUCGUCGACUCCUGCAAGUAA